AUAAAAAUUAACCUUACUUGAUGCAAAAUUUUCUGCAAAACUAAUUGCUGGCAGUCUCAGCUAACUUACGUAGCAGCUUCGUUCGUAAACUGUAGUCCAUAUGGUUUUAAAUUAUAAGAAAACUCAAAGGAAUAUCGGGCAGUGGCAACGUUCUAACGCCCUUGACUGUCAGAUUGCAUGUGUUUGUUAUGCAUUGCGCUUUGGUCAAAUUUAAAGGUUAGAUCUAGAGAGACUUUUAAAUUUCCCUGAAAAAUGUCUUUAAAAUUAUGCUGUGCCCUCCCAGUUGCCCUCAAUUGCAUCAGGCAUGCCAGGUUAAUGUUUCUGACCCCUGAAACCGCCCUAUUAACCAAGGGCUACUUCAAGCCCGCAACUGUUGCUCAAUGUAGCUGGUUUUCAACAAAUUCCAACAAAACCACUUGCAAGCAGAAAAAUCCCAUUAAACGAGUAUAUUCCGGCAUUCUGGCACCCCACAUGAAGGCCGUCAAGGUGUUUUCGCUAUCGACUAGUAUUGUGGGGCUUUUCAUGCAGCCCAUUCUUUAUAAGGAGAUCGUGGUCACGGGUAGCGUACCCAUCAUACUAGCCGCAUACUCCUUUAUUGGAUUCUUCACAGUGGUCACGCCGUUUUUGCUGCACAUGGUUAGCAGGAAAUACAUAACUGAACUGAGCUACAACGAGGAUACUCAGACUUAUACGGCGAAAACACUGAACUUUUUCUGCAUAGUUAAACAAUUGGAAUUCAAGCCGGACGAUGUCUACGUUCCAGACGUGCCAGGCAUGUUCGUCACUUUCCACGUCAAAGGAAAGCCAAUGUUUGUCGACCCCAAAUCGUUCCAAUACCCGGAACAUUACGCCAAGCUGAUGGGAUACGACAAACCUCUGGAUUUCAAACUGUUCGAGAAAGUACCAGCGAACAGUUCCAGCUCAAAUAAAUAGAACUGCGCCUUUGUUUCGCGAGUGUUCUGUGAUGGUAUUUAUUUUUAAUUUCCUGUUGGUAUCGACUGCAUAUUAAGUUGUGUGAAUAGAGAAUUAAUAGUU